UCACCAUGGUGAAGCUGAGCAAAGAGGCCAAGCAGAGGCUGCAGCAGCUCUUCAAGGGCGGCCAGUUUGCCAUCCGCUGGGGCUUUAUUCCUCUUGUGAUCUACCUGGGAUUUACGAGGGGUGCAGAUCCUGGAAUGCCUGAGCCAUCAGUUAUAAGGUAUGGCUGUGUGAUUGAGCUCAAGUAUGGAAGUCGGAAGACAGCCUACCCCAGGAGUUGACUCUCCUUCCAUGAUGUGGAUCCUGCUUGGUGACAGAUGCCUUUACUCACUGAGCCAUCUCUGUGGAUCACCAUGAGCCUGUUUUGAAUUGAGUGUGCUGGGACUGUCGGAUAAAAAUUUAGCCUUUUAUUACUUUUUCAGAACGGGGAGUCUGUGUGUGUUUGAAUACUGCUUUAAAAAGUAAAAACAUUUCCAAAUGAA